GCGCGCGGAAGAAGAGACCUAGAGCAAACGAUGGUGGUGCUGUACAAGGACCUGGCCAAGACGGCGGAGAACGUCCUGCGCGACGACUACGACUUCUCGCGCAAGCUCAAGAUCAAGAGCAAGGCGUCGAACGGCGUGUCGUUCACGACCGAGGGCGCGCUGAACGCCAACAAGUCGAUCCUGGCCAAGGUCUCGGGCGGCUUCACGCACGGCGCCAGCGGCGUGGUGUUCAAGAAGCUGCAGAUCACCACCCAGGGCCGCGUGGUCACGGAGGCCGAGCUGCCCAACGUGCUGACGCAGGGCCUCAAGCUCACCUUCAAGCUCGAGGACGGCUCCGUCGCCAAGAACACGAGCGCCAAGCAGGUGGGCGUGCUCGGCGCCGAGUACAAGCAGUCGAACCUGGCCGUCAACUCGGAGGCCGACUUCGUGUCCAACACGGUCUCGGCCGCGGCCGUGCUCUCGCAGGGCGGCUUCGCCGUCGGUGGCCAGACCGCCUUCAACAUGGACAAGUCGGCCAUCGUGCAGCACAACGUGGGCGCUAGCUACACGGGCGCGGAUUUCGUCACGUCGCUCGUGACCAAGAAGAACUUCGCGGCCGUCCAGGCCUCGUUCCACCACCACCUGUCGCACAACACCGUGUACGCCGCCGUGCUGGACUACGACCUCAAGUCGGCCUCCAACACGCUGGUCGUGGGCGGCCGGUACAAGGCCGACGCCGACACCACGUACUGCGGCAAGAUCGACUCGGAGGGCUUCCUGUCGCUGGCCUCCAUCCAGAAGGUGCGCCCGUACGUGACGCUCACCACGAGCGUGCACGUGGACGCCAAGAACUUCGAGGGCGACUCGCACAAGUUCGGCCUGGGCCUGACGCUGGGCUAAGCUGUCUGUUUACCCCGCCGGCCGAUCCGGCCAUUGUCUAUCAGAGAGAAUCGGGAGGAGAGGCGAGAGGAGAAGAGAGACAUAAGCAGAUGAGAGCACGUUUCUUGUGGAGUACUUUAGUCCAUGCCC